ACUGAGAUUUUUAUGUUGGUGCCCAGAGGUUGGAACUAGAACAGUCAGAGGCCCGGUCAAUAAUACCCCAGGAACACAUUGAUCAGUGUUCAGUAUAUAGCUAAUGUGCAAAGAGGAGCUCAUGCAUUUGGUUCAGUGUAGAGCAAACCAAAAUACUUGACUGCUGGAAAGAUUUUCAUCUGGAGUUUUCUUUACUUUUGAAAUUAAAAAGAGAAAAGAAAAAAAAUCACCCAGAGCUUUAAUAAUAGCUCCAUGUUCUAGGAUUGAGUAAUUUCUUGUCAAUUGUUGUUUAAAGACACGAUGAGUUACCAUCAUUCAACUAGGAAAGGUAUUUUUUGCCAUCCAGGGGAGCCUAACUGCACUGAGGUUUUUACCGACCAUCAGCAGCAUCUCUCUGCCAGGACAUCUAAACAUCUGCACCUCCCCUUCCACGAACCUACCCAUGGGCCUCACAUUGAGCAUCCUCACCUUUUCCCUACAGUGGAUGUCCCAGACCACGCACACUACAUCAUCGGCUCUGUCAUCCUCAUGGUGGGCAUCACAGGGGUGCUGGGAAAUGCCCUGGUCAUUUAUGUCUUCUGUCGCAGCCGCACCUUGCGCACACCCAGCAACUUGUUUGUAGUGAACCUGGCCAUAGCUGACUUUCUCAUGUCCCUGACCCAGUCGCCAGUGUUUUUUGUGGCCAGCCUACACCGCAGAUGGGUUUUUGGAGAGCGUGCCUGCGAGCUCUAUGCCUUUUGUGGUGGCCUCUUUGGCAUCUGCUCCAUGAUGACCCUGACAGCCAUCGCCGCCGACCGAUGCAUGGCCAUCACCCAACCGCUGGCCUCACUCGGCGGGAUGAGUAGGAAGCGGGCUGUUCUGGUGCUGGUGGCUGUGUGGCUGUACUCGCUGGGCUGGAGUCUGCCGCCUUUCUUUGGUUGGAGCGCCUAUGUGCCUGAGGGCCUCCAGACCUCCUGCAGCUGGGACUACAUGACCUUCACGGCACCGGUGCGUGCCUACACCAUCCUCCUCUUCACUUUCGUCUUCUUCAUCCCUCUGGGCGUGAUAGGCGGCUGCUACUUUGCCAUCUUCCGUGCCAUCAGGCGAAUUGGGCGCGAGGUUCAAGGAAUGGACUGUGGUGACAAGGCGUACGAGCGCCUUCGCAGUGAGUGGCGCAUGGCCAAGGUAGCGCUGGGGGUUAUAUUGCUUUUUGUAGUUUCUUGGUCACCCUACUCAGUAGUGGCACUGACCGCCACUGCGGGGUAUGCCCACCUGCUGACCCCUUACAUGAACUCAGUCCCUGCUGUGAUCGCCAAGGCCUCAGCCAUUCACAAUCCAAUCAUCUAUGCCAUCACUCACCCAAAGUACCGCGCCGCCAUUGGACUGUACGUACCACUGUUACGGUCCUUCCUGCGUGUCAGGGAGAAAGAACUGCGCUCAUCUUUCAGCUCCAGCAACGCUUCCUCACGGCGACCCACUCUCACCAGCCAGUGCUCCCUGGGUGUUGGCAUGGGCGUUGGGGCAUGUGUCAAUGGGCGUUGGGGCAAAAGCCGACUCUCCUCUGUUUCUGACACGGAAUCUUGUUGGACAGAGAGUGAGGCAGACGGCUCCAGCGUCAGCUCACUUCCAUUCAUCCGGCGAGUCUCCACUGAGAUUUCUGCAGAUACGGCCAUUCACAACCAACAGCAAAGUGGGCUUGCUGGACAGAAAGAGGUGUCUGACAGUCUCAGAGUCAGCUACAUCGCUAGCCCGCCUUCAGUAUUUGAUGGUGAUUCAUUGGAUGUUGGGAAUCUAUCUGAUGGCAAGGCUCUCCUGCUCUCUACCAACUGAAAAAAAGAUGUACUGUGAAUGGCAUUUUAGGUUUUUCUUUCUCACAUAGCCAUGACUUGCUUUUUGUACACAAAAACUGAAAUGGUUUUAAUCAGCUAGUAAUCUAAGGAUAUGUUUUCUUCAAUAAAUUAUUGAAAAAGCACUAGUAUGUAGCUACCAAUGAUCAGUGAGUACCCAUAAGAAAAUGUUUAAACAAUCUCCCGUAUUGCAUGCUUAUAGUAGAAUUGAAUUGUUAGAAUUUGUAAUUGAACUACAAUCACUUGCUCUCUGAAUAUAGUUAGUGGCUGCACUUUUAGACAAGAUCAAUGAAUGUUUGUCUAUCCUCCUUUCAGUUUUAUAAUAUUUUAUUAAAACGGUGAGCUUGCUUAUAGCAGCCACAAUGUUUAUAUUUAUAUUAUAUUAGCCUACAUAUACAAAUAUUCAUGUAACUUGAAAUCUUCCGAUUUUUCGAUCUGUGGUCUGGUCACAGAUUUUCCAGCUGGCAUCAUUAGGUUAAGGACUAUCAUCAACCUAGUAAAAUCCAUAGGGUUUAGAUUUGUCGCUUUUUAUUUAUCAUUGUAAACAUUCUCCAUUCUGGUAGGACAUUCAGUAUACACAAAAUAUUAUUUUGAGCCAUUAGCAAAAUAAACCGUUUCCUCUCCAGUAAGAUCCUG